AAAAGCCGCAUACGCCCUGUGGACUGGCAUCAGUGUAGGCUUGCAAUAGCUUUGGUGAAGAUCAUACAAACCGAGUAAACCUCCCCCCAAAAAAACAAAUCACAACAAAAUGUCUCUUGAACGUGCUGUUCGUGCCAAGAUUGCCGGCAAACGCAAUCCCGAGAUGGACAAGGAGGCCCAGGAAUGGAUUGAGGCCAUUCUCGGUGAGAAAUUCCCCGGUGGCCAGGCAUACGAGGAUGUGCUCAAGGACGGCCAGGUGCUCUGCAAUCUGAUCAACAAACUGUCCCCCAACGCUGUCGCCAAGAUCAACUCAUCUGGUGGCCAGUUCAAGUUCAUGGAGAACAUCAACAACUUCCAGAAGGCCCUCAAGGAAUACGGUGUGCCCGACAUUGAUGUCUUCCAGACCGUCGACUUGUACGAAAAGAAGGACAUUGCCAACGUCACCAACACCAUCUUCGCUCUGGGCCGUGCUACCUACAAGCACGCUGACUUCAAGGGUCCCUUCUUGGGUCCCAAGCCCGCCGAUGAGUGCAAGCGUGACUUCAGCGAGGAGCAGCUGAAGGCUGGCCAGACCAUCGUUGGCCUGCAGGCUGGUUCCAACAAGGGUGCCACCCAGGCUGGUCAGAACUUGGGCGCUGGCCGCAAGAUCUUGCUCGGCAAGUAAAUUGGCUCAGUCGUUCCGUCUGGAGUUCUCAUUUAUUCUGUCUGUCUUUCUAUAAUUUUUUAACUGUUAAGUUUAACUGCAACAUUAAACAAAACAAAACAAAAAAUAUUCCUCACAAAUACAAAAAAAAAAGAAAGAAAAACACAUACACACACACUCACACACAAAUUCAAAUGCAUAUGCAACACUCAAAGGCUUGUAGAUGCGCCUUAUAUUAAGUAUACGCCUAAGUUUAUUUAUACAACAAAAAAUUACAAAAAAUAAAGAUGAUGAA